AAACGUAUACCAAAGACAAAAUGGUGAAAGCGAAGGAUUUAGGCAUUUUGAAAAAGCAUUCAGCAGAUCAUCCAUUGCUCAAGCGCUUUGCCGACUACCUAAAGAAUGAUUACGAAAAUGCAAAGUACCAACAGGAGGUUGACACUGUUUCCCGGUACCUGUAUUUUGCUGAUCCUACGGAACCAUCUUUGAAGUUUGUCAAUGACAGAGAGAAGCUCAGAGACUUCCUGGGUCAACAGGCUAAGGCAGGGUAUAAGGCACAAACAUCAGGAAAUUACAUCAAGUGCUUGAAAAGGUUCUUGGAGUUCCACUUGACAAGGACCGGCUUGAGACAGGAUGACAGGGAGCUCUACAAGCAGUGCACGUUAUAUUUGAGUUUUUUAACUUCUUCACAGAGUGUCCUCUCUAAGCAAGCGAGCAAAGAAAUUGUGCAAAAGAGGCAUGCCUUGUUGUUUGACAAAAGUCAACCCACACCUCGUGAAUGCUUGGCUGUUCUUGAUAAAGGUGAAGGUGACUUAGUGAAAAUCAUGAAUCAACUUGAUGACAGUUCUUCUUCCUCCCUGAGUAGGACUGAGUGCAUAUUUGUGCUAUACUAUCUUGAGGCAAUUGUCAUACUAAGACACUGCCAACGGCCAUGUGUGGUGCAGAGCAUGAAGGUCAAGGAAUGGCUUGAACGGAAACACGCAGAUGAUGAUUCAAUCGUUUUUGUAAAGGACCACAAGACGGCUGCACAUUUUGUGGUCUCAAUUGUCCUGUCCAAGAAGGAGGAGGCGUGGUUUGAGAAAUAUUACAACAAAGUGCGGCCACAGCUCCUUGCUGGCGAAAGGAAACGUAAGCGAGAUGAGCAGGAUGAGAAGGAUGGAGAUGAUUUUUUCUUUGUGUCCUCCCGCGGUAAGCCAAUUUACAAUGCAGCUGGUGAUCUGAUAAAGCUCCAGCAAAAGUGCAACGUCCCCCAGGUGAGCAGCCAGGUUGUACGGAGGGUAUUUGAGACAGCAGCUAACCGCCUGGAUGACCCUCAGAAGAAAGCAGUUUCUGACUACCUGGGAUGAGGACUCCAAAAUCGUACCAUGACCCGUUUGGUGAGAUGUUUCAUAUGUUUUUUAGUGGAUCAAUUCUUGGCAUGUAUGGAUAAACUUUCUGAAUAUGAUGCGUGGCCUUUGACCUUUGGGGGGUGGUGGGGCGGCGGGUGACUCCUAAAGCUUACAGGGCAUCUGCCUUCAGAGACACAUAUGACAUGUCCCUGUUUGGUGAAAUGUUUCAUCUGUGUGUUUGUUUGUGCUGAUGGCUCUUUAAAGGAUGGGGAUGAGGACUCCAAAAGCGUGAAAUGACCCAUUUUGGUGAAAUGUUUCAUGUGUUUUUU